ACAACACUACUUGCUGAUGAUACUUCCGACUGCGGAGGUAUCCUGCCACUGUUCCGACUUUGGUGUUUACGUGAAGAUAACUAUGACAGUUUCACAUUUCACAGCGAGAUAAGUUUGUUAAACCGAGAAGUAUAUCAACAGGUAAGUUUACUUGUGUUUUGAACAUUUUACAAUCGUAAAGAGAGGUUUAUGUUUGUCGGAAAAUGAGAAGAUAGCUAACCCUGACUGGCUAGCGGGUUACCGUUUUUUAACGGGACUGGUCAACUCAAACUCAAAGUUGGACGCUGUUGUUAACUUCUCGAGAAAUCAUCCCGAUACCAUCGUAAACAGGUUUGUUCAGACGUCGUUGUUGAGCUGUUAUUUUCAUGUGUUGCUGUCUUCCAGGUGUGACUAUGAAGCCCACUAUGCAGUAUUACAGCCGCAGAAACACGAAUGAUCACCCCUGAAGACACUAUCCUACAGCCAGAGCUCACCUGGAUAAACUCUUCUCACCUUCCAAGAUGUCAGGUGGGAACUUCUUGAACAGGGUGCGGUCCGCCUUCAGGAGGGAGCCAGCUGACUGGGACCUGAGUGACACUGCUCCCUUUGACUUCUCCGACGAGCUGGUGGAGGAUGAGGCCCCUAAAUUCAACAAGCUUAAGGUGGUGGUCUCCGGUGAGAUGUCAGACUACUCAGCUGGGGCUCCUUCAAACGGAGUGGCGGUCAACACCUUGGUAGUGGCGGAUGAUGAUGAUGACUCCCUGCUCGAGUCCUCCAGCUUGGGCAGCCCGGGGUUAAACAUGGACCCCUGUGACAACUGCAACAGGAAGAGGGAGAGCAUCAAACAGAAGAGGGUGAUGAAAAGGCUGGUCUUUGCAGCUUUGCUGUAUUUCCUUUUCAUGACAGGUGAAAUUAUAGGUAAGGAUGUGCAAAGUGACACUCACUUUUUAUUUCAUUAAUGCUGGUCAGACAAGAACUAACAUCAUUUUAUGACCAAUCUGUCACAGUGGGGGGAUAAAAAAAGGGUUACUCAGGUGAAUGCAGCUGUAUAGUUCUGAUACUUAGUGAUUAAACCAGGAGAGACUUAAAUUUUGCAUUCAGCUAUCAUAAGCUGACAACAAAGACUGUGGUAUUCCCUGUAAAGGGUUGGUUUACUCCACUGAGGGGCAUACAGACAUAGCUCCCCAGUGGUAUGUUAAAAUGGCUGUGGAUCAGGUUUUCAGCUAUUGUCAUUCAGUAGAGAAGGAUGAAUAAUGCAGUAACAUGGAUUUACAGUUUCCUUUGUAACUAGUGGUAUCUCUACUUAACUUCAUUCCAAGCAACACCCUCCCUGUUCAUAAAUCAAGACAUUGAUAGGUAUCUGAAGUUUCUGUGAGGUACUCUCAGUUUGCAUAACUUCUGGUGUCCUCUGUCAGUAAAGCAGUCUUUGCUUAUGCUGUCUUAUAUGCUCCAUUCUGACUUUUGACAGCCAAAUUGAUCAUUUAUGAGUGUGGAAAAUAUAAAAACAGGGCUGUUUGUUUAACUGCUUGGCUGUACUGGUUUUAGGCAUUGAAAAUUACAACAUGAAAAUUGACGAUUUUGUCACUGAUGGCGCUUUGUUUAUGGUGAAUGUUAGAUUAUAUCUUUAUUGUAUCUAGGUAACUGUCUGUAUAUGAGAACAGUUUUAUUUAUAAUUUGGAUUGGACAAGCCCAGAUAGACGUGACACAAUCUAGUCCCACACAUCUUUAUUUUUCUGACCCUUGACUCUUUAUCAAGAUCAUCUUAUCUUUCAAAGUUAUCCUGCUGACUUAACAGCUUUCCUCAACUGUUCCUUUGUCUUUAUUGCAGCUGUAGUAGUAGUAGUUAAUUCUUAAACUUGUGCACCAGCAGGAUGUUCAGCCUGCGUGGACUCGGGUGAUGGUAAAACAAAACAAAACAAAGAGGCGUGACAACUUCAAGAUAAAGAAAAACAAUCACAUGACUGUACACGUGAAACAAUGACCAGAAGUUAUCACAGUGUUCCAUCUCUGAGGUGCAACAUUACUGUACGACAAGGUCACUCCUUCUUUAAUUAAAGUUUUAUUCCUGUGGGCUUGUUUGAUCAUAUACAACUUUGCCAUUUCCUCCAAAUGUUCAGUAACUGCUCCCCUGAGGAAUUAAACAAUGUACCUAGUAAUAUCUGUUGGUUAAACUCACACUAAUAAAUCUAACAAUGUGCUUUGCUGCUGAUGUGUAUCUGCAUGGACCCACAUACAUCUGAACAUGUGCUUUGUAUCUUAUAAUCUGUGUCUGCAUAGUUUGAAUUGAUGCCAUUUUAAUCAUGCCGUCUUUUGCCUUCAGGUGGAUAUGUAUCAAACAGCUUAGCCAUUAUGACUGAUGCGGUGCACAUGCUGGCAGACGUGGUGGGCAUUUUAUUUUCUCUGCUGGCUCUCUGGCUCUCGACAAAGCCGCCCACCAGGAGGUUCACCUUCGGGCUGCAUCGCCUCGGUGAGUCUCUAAUUUCAGAAGCCGUCUCACUUCCUCUUUCCGCUGCCCUUCUUCUCUGCUGCUUCUAUCAUAUGUUAGGCAAAUGAAUACUUUUGUUUUUAGGUAGAUGAGUCAUGUUCAGAGAGGAAAGUGUGUGUUCAGCAGUGUUUUUAAACCAGCUCAGAUUCCAGACAGGGUACAUCAGAUUCAGUUACACUGAAAGUAAAGAUUUAGAUUAUUGAUUUUUGUAAAUCAUUUUCCAAAAAGGACAAGUUCAGGUUACCUCCACUUUGACACAUACAAAUACCAUCAAUUCAUUUCAUGUUCUUUUGGAGUUGACCUGAUAAAGUGCAAAUGUGGUUUUUGGUGUAAAUAUAGAAGUGGACAGAAUGCUGCUUUGUCUGAUUUAUAGCUGAAACUUGACUCUGUCCUUAAGCACUCAGAAAGACAAGCACCAUUUAGUUGAAGUCAUGUGUAGGAAAAAAAGAAGCUUUUAUUUAAGUUCUUAUUCUGAGCUCAGACAGUUGAAAUGUGGAAUUGUUAUUUUGAAUGUUGAAAUGUUAUUUUCUCACAGCUUCUAUAUUUGAAGUUGUACGUACAACUAAUUAUGGCUUCCUGGUUUAGAGGUGGUAUCUGCAGUCCUCAGCGUGGUUCUCAUCUACAUUUUGACGGCCAUACUGCUCUAUGAGGCGAUACAGAGGACGGUACACCAACAGUUCGACAUAGACGGAGAUGUCAUGCUCAUCACUGCAGCUGUGGGAGUGGCUGUUAACCUCGUGUAAGUGAAGUGCUGACUUAAAGAUAUCCGUUGAGGAGAAAGCUGUGAGUGGCUUUUCCAAAAGAAGAGCUAGAGUGCUGCAACACGACAGCGCUGACUGCAUGUCUGUGAGGUUCAAGAGUCAGCAGUUUAAACGCAGUUUAGUCCAAAGUACUGUUUUCAGUGCGCUCCAUAGCUUUAUGUUUUGUAAUAUUUGACUACUGCAUAUAGGUAAAUAAAUAACUCACUGUCUACAAUCUCCAAGGCAGUGAUUAAGCCACUCAUUUAUUCAUCAUAUUAUAUACCAUAAUUAUGUAGAUGAAUCAUCCUUUCUGUGUUUUCUUCUCUUUAGAAUGGGGUUCUUGUUAAACCAGGGUGGUCACCUCCACUCUCACGGUCACGGUCACGGCCACGGCCACGGUCACUCACAUGGACCUCCAGCUCCCUCCAGUUCAGCCGGGUCAGGUCAGCAGCAGAGGCAGCAUGGCAGCCUGGCUGUAAGAGCCGCUUUCAUCCACGCUUUGGGAGAUCUCCUGCAGAGUGUCGGGGUGCUCAUAGCCGCCUACAUUGUCCGCUUCAAGGUACUCUGCUCUGUAAAGAGAAAUGCCUGCUGAUAAUUUUUUAAAAUCUAUUUGCACAAUUUACUUUGAUUUUGUUUCUAAAACUAUUUUUGAGAAACAAUGAAUAGGAUUAAUUUUAGAAAGUAUUUCUGUUUGAGGGAGUCAUCGGCAGAUCUUUUCACCAGUGCCUACACUUGAGAGCUUUGCCUGUGAUACUGUUGAAUAACUAGCUGCAUACCGUUCAGUCAUUCAUUUUGCAGGGAUGCAUCUCCAUGUGAUUGUUGGCUGUAACUGGAGACCUUGGGUUUUAAAUUAACUCUAACGAUCAAGAUUGUUGAGCAUGCAAAAGACACUUAACAAAUUACACUGAACAAAAAUAAAAAUGCAACACUUUUGUUUUUGCUCCCAUUUUCAUGAACUCAAAGAUCUUAGACUUUUUUUUCUAUGUACACAAAAGACCUAUUUCUCUCAAAUAUUGUUGACAAAUUUGUGGAAACCCGUGUUAGUGAACACUUCUCCUUUGCCAAGAUAAUCCAUCCACUUCACAGGUGUGGCUUAUCAAGAUGGUGAGUAGACAGCAUGAUUAUUGCACCUGUUGGCCUUAGACUGGCCACAAUAAAAGGCCAUUAGAAAACCAGUCAGUAUCUGGUGUGACCACCAUUUGCUUCACACAGUGCAACACAUCUCCUUGGCAUAGAGCUGAUCAGGUUGUUGAUCGUGGCCUGUGGAAUGUUGGUCCAUUCCUCUUCAAUGGCUGUGCGAAGUAGCUUGAUAUUGGCAGGAACUGGAACACGCUGUCGUAUACGCCGAUCCAGAGCAUCCCAAACAUGCUCAGUGGGUGACAGGUCCAGUGUGUAUGCUGACCAUGCAAGAAGUAGGAUGUUUUCAGCUUCAAGGAAUUGUGUACAGGUCCUUGCAAUAUGGGGCCGUGCAUUAUCAUGCUGCAACAUAAGGUGAUGGUCACGGAUGAAUAGCACAACAAUGGGCCCCAGGAUCCCGUCACAGUAUCUCUGUGGUUUCAAAAUGGCAUCAGUAAAAUGCAACUGUGUUCGUUGACAAAUUUGUCAACAACAUUUGAAAGAAAUAGGUCUUUUGCGUACAUAGAAAAAGUCUUGGAUCUUUGAGUUCAACUCAUGAAAAACGGGAGCAAAAAUAAAAGUGUUGCGUUUAAGUUUCAAGAACAGACUCAAACUGUGCUUCAGAGAUAAAACAAAGGCUCUUGUAGUUGAUGUGUUGUUAUGUCUGUCUUCACAGCCGGAGCUGAAGUUGGCAGAUCCCAUCUGCACCUACAUCUUCUCUGUUCUGGUUCUCUGCACCACAUUCCGCAUCAUACGAGACACAAUAGUCAUCGUGCUGGAGGGUGAGUCUUUGCUCACAGGGUCCUGUCAGACUGUGUGGUCCGGAUCAGUUUUGGUGCUUUAUGGUUUUGUUUUCAUCCUGAUUUUUUUUAGGUGUUCCCAGACAUCUGGACACUCUGCAAAUCAGAGAAGAUCUUCUGAAGCUGGAGGACGUCCAAUCGGUGGAUGAGCUGAACGUUUGGGCGCUGACGGCUGAUAAGACGGCAGCUUUAGUUCACCUUCAGCUCAGUGAGUUUCCUCUUAAUAUCUACUCACCUUAAGAUUUAAACAUGAAAUUUAGAGGCAUAGAAGGAGUGUAUAAUUAAAUUAGUAAAAAUUGGCCAUUCAUGUCUUUAGACCAUCACAGUAAGAAAGUGUCUCCAAGGCUGUCUGUCUUUUAUCCUUUUUUCAUAGUCUUAGACAAAUCUAUCCUGCUGUUCUGGCUAAGCUGCCUCUUGAUUCAGUAGGUUUAAGUGUUUAUUUGCUGAUAGCCCAAAUGCCAGUAAUCUGUCAGAGCAGAACAGUUACUCUUGUGUCUACAUCCAUUCACAGCAAAGUUCAAUGUGGAAAACAAUAGAUCCACUUGUUUCCUUUGCUUUUAUCUAGAACAGCAAAAAUUUAAUUAAAUUGGUAAAGAUGGAAAAAGUUACAGGGGGCAAAGUGAAAACAUCCAAACGGCAGAAGCUGCAACUUCUUUUGAAAAGGGAAUAAUAUUUGACAAAGCAACUUGAAGUACUGAGGUGUUCAUAUUGGGGCCUUGACAAAAAAUAUAUUCACCGGGCUACAAAUUUUUUCAGUUGAGUUAAAAAUGAUAAAGUAGCAGUUUAUCAUUCCUUCUAAUCAUAGUAUGAUGUGCCUAAGUUAUUUCACUUAUAUUUUUAUAACUUUCUCAUGCAGCUAUACUCUUGCCUUACAAUCUUGCAAUCUUGUUUGAAAACUGAUUCUGUUAGUGCUGAAUUUGCAGAUUCAUAACAAAAGCCUAAAUGAUCCGGUUUGAGUUCACACAGUCCGAAAGAGAAACCCUCACUUCAGAAAUGUUAGAAAUGUUGUAAAAAAUGUUCUAUUUUUUUGCCUUCAGUGCUUACAGCUGUUUCUGAGGUGAGACUGUGAGCCCUGUUUCACUUCAAGUUAUGUUUCUCAGGCACCAGACCCUCACUCCUCACUAGAGGGAGCUGUUUCAUCAGCUCUACAGAUGAAACUCCACCAACAGCAGUGUCACAGCAGAUGUAAAAAUUGUUACUGGUGUUUAUUUUAACUUUGGUUUCACUUUCUCUUUUUAAUUAUCUGAAGACCAGAGGUGAAAAAAGAACAAAAAUAUUUUACUCCAAGAAAUUAUAUGCAACUACCUGUUUGUUAAUCUACUUAAAAUUAGGAAGUAUUCAUUAAAAAAUGUGCUCAGAGUAUUGGGUACAUACUUUUAACACAUCGCAGGAACUCUAACCCUAUGGAAAAUACUGAAGUAAAAUCUCAAAUACAGAAUGUGAGUUAGUUUAAUUAGUUCCUGUCUGUCCAAAUAUGCUCAUAAAAGACAAAAACAGUCAUUCCUCCAGAACUCCGAAGUUUGCAAUGCAAUGUGGAUGCCACAGAGGCAUGGUGGUGGGGUCAAGUCAUCUUAUUGGUGUGCUGGCAUUAGUAACAGCAGCAUUUCAGGGGGACAGGCUCAUUGAGCGUGCAGAGCACACAGGGUGGGAAAGUGUGUCUGUGUGUGUGUGGCUCUCAUUCUUUUGAAAUGCCAGUUUGCGGGAUCUUUAUGAGAGUACAAAGACAGUGUGAUGGCAGCAAAACUGCAUUAUGGCAUUCUUGCAAGCUGUGAUAAGGACUACAAUGAUAAGGACUACUAAUUGAUAAUCAUAUGCUUGUGUUUACAGCACCCUCUAGUGCCAACAACUGGGAAGAAGUCCAGGCGAAGGCCCGCCACCUGAUGCUUCACACCUAUGGCCUCACCAGGUGCACAGUUCAGGUCCAGACUCACAGACAGAGGCCGGUACGCAGCUGUGCACAUUGCCAGCAGCCCAGCGCCUGAAGACAGACUCAUACAAAUACUGACCUCUACAGACGUCAGAGAGCACAGCACAAGGAGAGACUAGACGUCACACGGCUGUCACAGCUUAGUGCCAUAGAAGGAGCCGCAGUAUUUGUUUAUACACUCCUGAUCAAGUUUAAGACCAGUUUUGAAAUUGCAAGAAUAGACAUUUUGCACUGUUGCAUGAUCCACACUUGUAUCCACACUUGUCUCACUCCCAUAUCUUCUUUUUUCACUUUGAGGCUCUACUUAGAACUUUCUGAAGAUCAAACACUGCAAAAUAUAAAUUCUUGCAAUUUUUCAACUGGUCCAACUUUGAUCAGGAAUGUAUGUGGAAAAGACGGGUGCCGUAAGGAUGGAGACAGCAGAAGCAUUUUUCUCGUUAAGGGGUCGCUGCAGCCCUCAGGGGCCUUAUGCAAAGUUCUGUGAGUGGAGUUCGAAUGGUUUAAGUAUCAGCUUAGAUGAAUUAAAAAAAAAAAAAAUGCUCUUAAUUCACCAUAAAAGCCUAUUCAAACAGGUAACUUUUUUUUAUAUGUUACGGUUUAAUUUUUCACUACUGGUGCUUUGUCAUCAGAUGACAGUUUUACUUUUUGUUUGUAGCUUGAGGCCUGUAAACUGAGAUCGUGUUGUUUUACUAAGAAUGUCAGCAAAUGGAAAGGUACCUCAUGUCACUCGAGAAUAACUGUGGUCACGGUGCAUAUAAGCUGUCCUCCUCACCACUGGCUCACAUGAGGAGAGUCACUUCCGUAAACAUUUCAUCUCAUUAAAUGCACUAAAUUCGUAGUUUCUCUCAACCGAAGUCUGUCGCCAAGCAGACUUUUAGACUUCCUCAAACUAUUCUUUAUUGGCCUUUACUGACCGACACUUCUAAUACCCACACUUUUAACACAGACCUUGGAUUCUAGCAUGUCUUUGACUUCAUUGUCAUUCGAACAGCAACUGACAAUCAAAGUGUGUCUGUCUUUGAGUAAAACUGACUUUAGUUUGGUUUCCACCUCACACGCUUUACUCAGCUUUUCCUCCAUAUCUGUUACUGACAGUGUAAUCAUGCUGAAUGUUGAAGAGAGCCUCAGUAUUUCAAGAGUUGCAGUGUUUUUAAAGAAUGAGCUGUGAGUUAAUAUCUGCCAACCAGGUUGUUUAUAGUGUUUCUUCAUCAAGUGUUGAGAGGCUGUGGGAGGUUCAGGAUAAACCUUUGUCACGCCUCUGAUAUUAAUCAUGAAGAGAAAUCAGGAACUGGAUCAUUGUUUUUGUUUAUAAUAAAGUAUUUAAUCAUCCAUGUUUGUCA